AUGUUUGUGCUUUUUCCUUAUAGUGCAUCAGAUUUUGUUUGUCCAGUUGAAGAUAUAGCCAACACAGGCUGUGAGGGACCAAAAGAUUGUCUGUAUCCAAAUCCAAACAAUUGUGAAUCAUACAUCCAAUGCACAGUAAACGCUGAUCAAGUAACCGGCACUCCCGUAGUUAUGCCUUGUGCAUCAGAGAAUCCAUCUUUACAAUGGAACGAUAUUACAAAGGAAUGUGAUUAUCCUGAAAAUUCAACUUGUCCAUCGACAAAGAAGUAA